CAGAUAUAUAAAUUAUCGCCAUGUGUACCUACAAUUAGUUGCAAUACUGUCGAUCAAGAUGCGAGGUAUAAUUAGUUUAAGUGCAGCUUAUUUUAUUUUAGCGUGUUUUCUUAUAUCAUCAGCGAAUUCAUACAAUAUAGUAUGUUAUUUUGCAAGUUGGUCGAUAUACAGAAACCUAAGCGGAAAAUUCGAUGUUUCAAACAUAGACCCGAACCUAUGUACGCAUAUUAAUUUCGCAUUUGUGGAAUUAUAUGAAAACGGAUCUCUCUACAUAGUUGAUCCCUGGGAAUCCAAUUCCAAGAGUGAUGGCGGAAAUUAUAAUGGCUUCCAAGACUUGGUAAAUUUGAGACAACAGAACCCUAAUUUGAAUGUGUUGGUCAGUUUAGGCGGGUGGAAUGAAGGCUCGAAAAAUUUCUCUGUGGUCUGUGCCGAUGAAGCAAAAAGACAAAUAUUAGUUGGAGAAGUCAUGAGAUUAAUCGCUAAAUAUAAUUUCGACGGUCUCGACAUCGAUUGGGAGUAUCCUACUCUUAGAACGGAUUCCCACCCUCAAGAUAAAGAAAAUUUCGUAAAGUUGUUAGCCGCUUUUAGGACGGCUUUUCAACCGAGAAGACUACUUUUGACGGCUGCCGUAGCCGGAGCAGUCGAAAAAAUUGACGCAGCUUAUUUCGUCGGAAAUUUAACAAAUUAUUUGGAUAUGUUGAAUGUAAUGUCGUAUGACUACCACGGAGCUUUCGAUGGUUUUGUAGGCCACAUUUCCCCAUUAUACGCUUCUUCUUUGGAUUACAAACACGAAAAAAAUUAUACAUAUGUAGCGUCCGCCGCCAUAGAACAUUGGUUGCGCAAUGGAGCUGACCCUUCUAAAAUAAACUUGGGCGUACCAACGUAUGGUAGAACGUUCACAUUAGCAGAUAAAAACAACACCCAGCUGUAUGCGCCUAUUCUUGGGCCAGGUCCUAAGGGACUUUUCACCGGACUCGAAGGCACUUUAGGCUACCACGAGAUUUGUAAUGAAUAUUCUGGUGCCGAUUCCCAAUAUGUCUUCGACGAUCACCAAAAGGUGCCACAUAGGGUGGUAGAUGACCUGUGGAUCGGUUACGACGAUAACGUAUCAUUGACGUAUAAAGUGGAUUACGCCGUGGCUCAGAAACUUGGAGGAAUCAUGGUUUAUUCCAUCGACACUGACGAUUUCUUGGGAUUAUGCGGACAUAAGUACAUACUCUUGACAACGAUUAAAAAUAGACUUGAUUAUCAUCGGAGCAAAUAAUGUUUUCAAGCGAAAAAAUAAUCAUUAAAUAAACGUUUUCCUAUCAAGCACUUUGAUUACUCAACAAUGUGAUCAGAGUAUAAAUUUAAGUAUCUCAGCGUGUUCGUUCACUUAAUAUGAUUUGUUGUUUACAUAUUGUC